UCCCAAACCCCGCCUCCGGAGCGCUUUCUAACUACGUCCUUCCGCUCGCUUCUUCCUUUUUCUCCGCGAUCCUGGUGCGUGCGCUUGACUGUGGUCCUCGCCAUGUCUUCUCACAAGACUUUUAGGAUCAAGCGAUUCCUGGCCAAGAAACAAAAGCAGAAUCGUCCCAUUCCCCAAUGGAUUCGAAUGAAAACUGGUAAUAAAAUCAGGUACAACUCCAAGCGGAGACAUUGGAGAAGAACCAAGCUGGGUCUGUAAGGAAUCGCAGCUGAGUUGACACAUAUUUAUGCUGUCUCCAGGUCACUUGCAUCUUAGCAUAUCACUCUGAAACGCCACUAUCUGGACAGUUGGAUGUGUCUUAUACGGGAAUUGCUCUUACUCUUUGUUUCUAUGCGUCUGAACUAGUAGGUUGGUUCAGUAAUAAAUAUGUGAGACCUUCUGUUUCAACUGCUGUUGUAUUCUGGUUUGUGAAGUAUGGAACUCCCCCUCCUGCCAGAUCUCACACGGCAUUGUCCAAUAGAACUUUCUGCAAUGAUAGAAAUGUUUUCUGGCUACCCAGCAUCUGGAGUGUGGCUAGUGGCUCUUACACCUUAUGUUGUGGGAAGUGCGUAUGUGUCACCCUUGUACCUGAGGGUAGCACAUUCUUAAAUAGCAUCUUUAUAUGCUCUUCUGUGAUGUCGGUUUUCAAUAAGAGUAGGAAUCUGAACCGGGGAUUGGCAAACUGUUCUGCCUGUGAACUAAAUUUCUGCAUUUUUAAAUGGUUGAAAGAAAUGAAAAGAAUAUUUUACACUUAAUAAAUUUGAAUUUACUGGG